CGGCCGGUGAGAAUGAACAACACUGGAUGUACACACUGGAUCUGCUCUCACUGAAGAACAUCGCAGAGUCGCAGCCAUGGAGUGCAUGAAGAACUGCUGCAAGCACUUCCUGAAGCAGAAGGGCGACUAUGAGACCCAAGUGAUCCGACUGAAGAUGCCUCCCAUCAAGGCCCUGACCCCAGGGCCGGAGCCAGAGGAGGUGAGGAGGGGGGUCACAGAAGAUUACCUCCUGUCCAAGCUGCCCCCCGGUGGCAGGGAGGUGCCGUUCGUCCUGCCGACCUUCAAGGCGUCGUACGUCCAGCCCCGAGGGCGCCCCCCCGCUCUGCAGUCCGGGCCGCAGAGCUCCGCUCGCUGCACCUACGCAGAGAGGAAGGCCGAGCUGCUGGGCUCCAGUCUCUUCACCUUCAGCCCGGAGUCCAGCUUCCAUCGGGGUCAGACGGCCGAGUACAUCUCCCCCGGAUCGACCCGCAGGUGUCCUCCGAGCCCAGGUUUGAUUCUGAAGCCGGGCGUCCAGCAGCGUCUGAGCAGCUCCAUGUAUGAUCUGUCCAGUCCUCAGAGUCACAUACAGCGUUUCGACUCGUCCUCCAGUGUCCUCAGCAGCACGUCCUCAAUGAUGGGCUCCAUUGAAAGCAGCCUGGACUCCUUCACCCUGUCUGGGGACGAGCGGGAGCUGGGGAAGGUUUGCGUGCGGCUCAGCUACCAGGAGGCUCUGGAGCAGGUGUGGAUCACGCUGGUGCAGUGUUCAGACCUCAACAUUCAGCCGGAUGGAGCCGAACCACCCAGGUUUGGUUUUAAAGGGAUCAUCACCAUCCCCAAACCCAUUCAGUUCAAGAGCUCAGUGAAGGAGUACAGCCAGGACGUGUCCUUCAUGGAGACGUUUGUGUUUGCGCUUCAUCUCCAGCAGUUGCGCUGCAGUGCGUUAGUUCUGCGCUUGCAGACGCACAACCCCAAGAAACGCACGGCGGCAGAAUGUGUCCUCUCCCUGCGGCAGCUCGGUCCUCAGGAGACGGACCACUGGCUCGACCUCAACUCUCCGUCCAAAUCCUCGGUCUGUCACGCGGAGCUGCAUCUCACCACCUGCUUCCAGCCGGUCAACGGUCGCAUCCAGCUCCAGAUCCUCGCCGCUCAGAACCUCCCAGCGUCCUCCUCACCGCUCACACAAGCCUUCUUCGUCAAGGCCGAGAUGCACCACCUGGGCCAGGUGCUGAUGAAGAAGAAGACCCGGGUGAUGAAGGCCUCUGGGGGCCAGUGUAAGUGGGCGGAGACUUUUCACUUCCAACUGUCCACGCUGGACGACGCCUGCUCGCUGACGGUGAAACUCUACAGCCGCAGCUCGGUCCGGAGGAAACAGUGUCUGGGACAGUUCCAGCUGGGACUCGACAGCCCUGGACCCGAGGCCGUGGAGCGGUGGAAGGACAUGAUGGCUCACCCGGAGAAGGUGGUGACAGCUUGGCACCGGCUGAGCCAACCCAGUCGCACUUCCUGAACCUCUUCCUCUUCUUCCUCUUUACGUGUUGUGGAUGCUCUCGGGUCAGGCUGCGUCUGCUUGCUGCUCCGGUCGAGCGGACCACAGUCACAGUCGACUCAGAUGGACCAGACUGUAAAACACUGGACGUGCUCACUGGGAGAACUGGUUUCCAUGGAGGUGCUGCAGGUGAUUGUUUGUAAUUAGAGGUUUAGAUCAAAGUUUUUCAAGAGGUUUUUGGUGCAGAAAAUAACAUUUCUAAAACAACAAUUGCUUAACUAGCAUUAAUUGAGCUGUACAUAUUGCUGUGUUUUGUAAGUCACAUAUUUGUAGUGAAGGUCAGUUUACAGAGAAAGUGACGAUAAAGCCAAACAUACUGUAAUAAAAACUUUAGUAUAAAACUCCUCUGAAAGGAUCCUUCUGCCAAUUCUAUGUUUUCUUAUUGUCAACAAACCCAUAAAAAAAGACCAAAGCCAUCACAAGUCGGUUUCUUUUUGAUUUUCUCACCCAGUCGUUUCCACAUAAUCUUUAAAAGUGGGUCAAAUAUCUGGAGAAUCUAUUCUUCAGGUAAAUUUAACUUCAAUGGGAGUGAACACUGGGCUGAACCCCUUCAGACGCAGGAUGCUGAUUUCCACUGAAACAAAGGAAAACCACUUGUGUUUCCAGCUCAGCAGCUCAAAGCUCUCUGAUCGAUUCACUCUCGGUUUUGGUCUUUUCAUGGAAUUCACUGACAAAUACAGAAAACAUAGAAAAUCAGCCGACUCAUCCUUCAGUUCUCUAAGAGCUGAGGUAGAUCUAUAGGACGUCAUGUUACUGUGCAACACUGCAGCAGAUGUACCAAUACGUAGCUGUACGCUUUUUAUA